GUAAAAACAGCAAAACAAAGAAAAUAACCCAAUACUUUCUAUCACAGAAUCAAGUCAACCUGAUUACACUUGAUUCUCUAACAAGGUAGUGGUGGAAUUUCGUGCCAAAAUCUUAUAUUAUAACCACCAUUAUCAACCCUUGGAUCCAUACAUGUAAACUACCAAAUCCUGAAUCUCUCUCUUUGCAAUCUCCCCCUCCUAGGUCCUAACCAUGUCUGUACCACAAGAGCAUCAAUCCUCCACCGUGGACCCUCCUCCCCCCCCUCCAUUUGAUCCAACUCAGCCAUCCAUUCCCAUCUCCUACCCUAUCAAGACCCUUGAAGACUUAGGUUCUCGGGCUUACUUCAAGUCCUUUCACUGCCCUUUUAACAUAUGUUCUGUUCCUCUUGAAAAUUCUGUUUUAGAUAACAGGCCCAGGGUUCUUGUGUGCCAUGAUAUGCAAGGAGGUUAUGUGGAUGAUAAGUGGAUCCAGGGAGGGAGCAAUCCUGAUGCUUAUGCAAUUUGGCAUUGGUAUUUGAUUGAUGUGUUCGUUUACUUUUCACAUAAUUUGGUUACUUUGCCUCCUCCUUGCUGGACUAAUACUGCUCACCGACAUGGGGUUAAGGUGUUAGGGACUUUCAUCACAGAAUGGGAUGAAGGGAAAGCUAUCUGCAAUAAACUGCUUUCAACAAAAGAGUCUGCUCAUAUGUAUGCCGAGCUGUUGUCAGAGCUUGCUGUUGCUUUGGGUUUUGAUGGAUGGCUGCUCAAUAUGGAGGUAAAAUUGGAGUUGGGGCAGAUUCCUAAUUUGAAAGAAUUUAUCAGCCAUCUAACCCAGACCAUGCACUCCUCAUUGCCUGGAUCUUUGGUGAUAUGGUAUGAUAGUGUUACAAUUUAUGGAAAUCUUAGCUGGCAGAAUCAACUGAAUGAUAAAAAUAAGCCAUUCUUUGAUAUCUGUGAUGGCAUAUUUGUAAACUAUUCAUGGAAGGAAGACUACCCAAGAAGCUCAGCGGCUGUUGCUGGUGAUAGAAAGUUUGAUGUCUACAUGGGAAUAGAUGUGUUUGGAAGAAACACUUUUGGUGGUGGACAAUGGAUGACAAAUGUUGCAUUGGAUGUGCUGAAGAAGGACGAUGUGUCAGCUGCCAUAUUUGCACCCGGAUGGGUCUACGAGACUAAGCAACCACCUGAUUUUCAAACUGCUCAAAAUCAUUGGUGGUCCCUUGUCGAAAAAUCAUGGGGAGCAGUAAAGUUUUAUCCUAAAACCCUACCAUUUUACUCAAAUUUUGAUCAGGGCCAUGGUUAUCAUAUUUCUGUUGAAGGAGGCCAAGUGUCAGAUGCUCCUUGGAAUAACAUUUCUUCUCAAGGCUUUCAGCCGUUCCUCAAGUUCACUGGUAACCCAAGUCCUGAUACUAUUGAAGUCUUUGUAGAUUUCAAGGAAGCAUCUUACAGAGGAGGAGGUAAUAUCACAUUUAAAGGGACUCUUGAAGAGAACACAGAUUUUACAACAAUAAUCUUUCAGGGAGAGCUGCUUAUGGAUGCAGUGCCUCUUCACAUAACACAUUCUGUAAAAUCAGAAGGGGAUUCUCUACUGGGACUUUCACUUCAUUUCUCUUCCGCUGCAAAUGAAAGGACGUCAGUACUUCUUGCAUCCUGGGGAACAAACCAAUUCUCAAGAAAAUUCAGUAAAAUCAUAGCGCCCUGUCAAGUUAAUAAACCAAGAACUGCUCCAGGAUGGGCUGUACUGGAGAGUAGUAUUGAAAUGAAUGGAUACACAUUAACAGAAAUUCAUGCUGUUUGCUACAGGCCAAAGCAUGAGCAUUCCCAACUGAGGUUAGAACAUAGAACAGAUGGCUCUGAGGAUACAUUAACGUAUAGUCCAAAAGAGUAUCACGCAGUCCUUGGUCACAUCACAAUGAAUACUUCUAAAGAGAAUACAUAUUUUCCUCCCUCUAGCUCAUGGCUUGUCGAAGGUCAUUAUAUCAAAUGGAGUUCAGGUUCCCAGGGUUCCAAGACCGUUAGUGUCAAGAUCGAUUGGAAAUCGAAAGACGGAACUGACUCUCAGUUCCCCAAAUACAAUAUUUAUGUCGAGAAGUUACCAAAACAAGCUGUUCGAAAUCAUGGUGUAGGACUAGGAGGGGUUCAGGAGUACCUUGGAGUGGCAAAUGUAGAAGCCUUUUAUGUUUCUGAACUUCCAAUUCCUGCAACCACUUCUAGCAUCAAAUUCAUUAUUCAAGUCUGUGGUGUAGAUGGCGUUUGCCAGAACAUGGAUGAUUCUCCAUAUUUUCAACUCGAUGUCAAAGCAACGACGGUAGGCGGCAGAAAGAUGUUUCAACUCUUCAGCUAUGUUGAAAGGAAUAACCUAGUAAAUCCGUGGGCACAUUCGACAAAUGGACAACAAUUACUAGGCUGCAAAAGUCAUGGGAAGCUUGGUAUUCGGCACUUUGAGUGGUUCGACUCACUAAUGUGUGAAAGAUCGAAGGCUGUUAUUAGAGGGCUUUUGCAGAGUACUUCAAGAAUGGAGAUCAGGGAGUUGCUGAGGUUGCCCUCAAGAGAGAGGAAAAUCUGGGUCAUUAUGAUUCUAUCUAUGGUUUUUGUCAUACUUCUGUGCACAUUAUCAAAUGGGAAAUGGGGAAAGGAAACUCUUGUAUUUCCCUAAAGAUCAAUAGGGUAUUUUAGCUAGUUAGAUUGUAUGAUCUAACUAGUUUUAGGAGAGAUAUAAAAAACUUCCCUGCAUGAUUAUGAUACACAAAGGUUUGUGAGAUUCAAGACAGAAUCAUUUCCAAGACCAUAGCAGAUGAUUAAAUUCAAUAAUGCUACAACAGUUGUAAUUAAGACGCA